CUAUUAUUGUGGUUAGUUCAGAUAUAGGUUAUGACAGAGGGCUCGUUAGACGCGAAGUGUGUUGCUUAUUUUUGGUCCUUGCUUGCAUAGUGUGUUUCAUUUGCAUUUUUAUUGGGAUUGCACCCUGAAUUUGAAUUUAAAAAAAAGGAACCCAAUUAUGGAGAAGUCGAAGACAUUUAAUGAGAAUUAUACGUAUAAACGCAUAGUAGUGGAGGAAGCAAUAAAGAAUGACCGAAUUCAGUAAAACAAUUAUACUGUUGUUCACGAAGGUGUUUUAUUCAAUUUUUUUUAUUUAAGGAAAUACAUUUUCCGUUAUAAAAAAGCAGCAGUACUUCCUGCUUACUAACUGUUGUUAACUGUAGAUUCGUAUGUAGAUCUCAACAAGUGAAAUUAGCAAUUAAUUAUAAAUAACGCGUAAAAGCAGUUAAUUUAGCACUUGUAAAACGGCGAACCCAAAUUAUGAGCUACGUGAGCGAGCGCGCAAUAAGUUUUCCGGUUUUAAAUUCAAAAAAAGACACGUUUUCAUUAAAUGAAAUAGUUUUCUUGAGUUUAAACGUCAAAAUAUCGUAUUAUAUUCGCGUUGGUACCCUUUCGGGUCUGCCCUCCGUGUUCGUGUUUCUGUAAUUACCACGGACGGGCGAUAAUUUGAAGACGGUGACUCACGCCUCGGUUAACAGACAUGUAGGUAGUGAGAACAGGGGCACUAAAAGAAAGGAAGGAGAUACGGUACUACACAUGCAAUGGAAAUAGCUAUUACUAAUCAAAACUAGAGUGUUGCGUUCGACAUAAUUAGCUCUAUAAAUCUAUAUCCAGCCCUAAAGAAGUGGAAUUUAUCUGGUUUCUAAGUAGGAAAGCAAAAAUAUUCUCGCGAGCCUUGACGUUAUUUAUUGAGACGAUGAGAGAAUUUAAAUCUAUUUAAAGUUUAAAUAUGAUAUUACUUUGUCAAUAGUAUUCGAUGAUUGUGAUAAAAGCGAAAAAUCAAAGAUCGAUUCAAUUUCUAAUCGCGUUUCGUCGUCAACCAUGGAAGAACUUAAUUGGGCGCGGUUGCCAAAUGGCGCAGCCAAGGAAAAUAAAUAAUCGACAAUUUCUCUUGGUUGAAGAUAAUUUAAACGAGUCGAGCGACGUGAUAAUUUUGAUCUGUCCCGGAUGCCUUAUAUUUACUGUUUCAUUAUGAUUAUUAUAAUUUAUUAUAUUGCGUUGAGGUUCGAAUAGUUUCAAAUGUGUUGUACGGGUUUUUUUCAACACUCGGCAACGUCGCAUAGCCUGUUUCUCGGUGUCCUCGUUAUCAAACGUCACCACUCAAGAGUCAACAAUAACAUGUUGCAAAGUGUAUUUUGCAGUGUCCAAAGCCGCACUGAGUAAGUGGUGUCGCGAGGUUCGUUGCGGUUCUUAUUUUUUUUGUUGUGCAUUUUCGGACGCCGUUUACGAGAAAAAAGCGAUCGAAGAUGGUGGGACGGGUUUUCGUGAUCGGGGUCGCCAUGACGAAAUUCGACAAGCCCGGCAAAAAGCCGGGCGACUACCCCGACUGGGCGAAGGAGGCCAUUUUGGGUGCUCUCAAAGACGCUGGGGUAAAGUUCACCGACGUGGAGCUAGCGGCUGCCGGUUUCGUUUAUGGAGACUCGACCUGCGGGCAAAGGGUCCUUUACGAGGUCGGUAUGACUGGCAUACCAGUGUUCAAUGUGAACAACAACUGCUCGACAGGCUCAACCGCCCUGAUGCUCGCCAAGGAAAUGGUGGAGCACGGGCGUUGUCAGUGCGCGCUAGCUGUCGGAUUCGAAAAAAUGGAACGCGGUAGCUUGGGCGCCAAGUAUAUGGACCGGGCGAACCCGAUGGAGAAACACCUCGAGCUCAUGUCCGAACUGGUGGACAUGGACGGCUCGCCACUCACGGCUCAGAUGUUCGGCAACGCCGCAAUCGAGCAUAUACGCAAAUACGGCACCAAGCCUGAACACUUCGCCAAAGUGGCGUACAAGAACCACAAGCACUCGGUUAACAAUCCCAACUCGCAGUUCCGCGACGAGUACUCCCUGCAGCAGAUCUUGGAGUCACCGAAAGUGUACGGCCCUUUAACCAAGCUGCAGUGUUGUCCUACCAGCGACGGCGCCGCGGCGGCCAUAUUGGCCUCGGAGGCGUUCGUCAAGAAGCACGGUUUGGAGAAGAGGGCGGUAGAAAUCUUGGGCAUGGAGAUGACGACGGAUUUGCCGUCCACUUUCGAGGAGAAAAGUUCCAUCAAACUGGUGGGGUACGACAUGACGCGGCUGGCGGCGUCCCGCCUCUUCCAGAAAACAAACAAGAAGCCCCAGGAUGUUCAGGUGAUCGAGCUUCACGACUGCUUUUCCGCCAACGAGCUCAUCACAUACGAAGCGCUGGGUUUAUGCCCGGUCGGGGGCGCUGGCGCUUUCAUCGAUCGUGGCGAUAACACUUACGGCGGCAAACACGUGGUCAACCCCAGCGGAGGCCUGAUUUCCAAGGGGCACCCGCUGGGCGCGACCGGCAUCGCGCAGUGUGCCGAGCUCUGCUGGCAACUGAGGGGAGAGGCGGGGCCCAGGCAAGUCCGGGGCGCGAAGCUCGCGUUGCAACACAAUCUGGGCCUAGGGGGAGCCGCCGUGUUGGCCCUUUACCAGCUUGGAUUUCCUGAAGCCUCCGGUGGCAGCGGCUCUUCUUUCGAGGACAGUUUCAUCGUUUCGCCUUACAUGAAGCUGCUGCAGCAAGCGAUGCUCGAAGACGACGACGGGCUGAUUGAAAAGCACAGAGCCAUUUAUGGGUUGAAGGUGCAGAAACCGAACGGGGAGGAGGGCCUGUGGGUAAUAAACGCCAAAGAGGGCAAGGGGAGGAUAGAGUUUGGUUCGAAGACAAAGCCCGACGUGACGUUUAUUGUAAAAGACGGCGACGUGCUCGACCUAUUGACCGGCAAAAUACCGCCCCAAAAGGCCUUCUUCCAGGGCAAGGUCAAGAUUCAAGGCAACAUGGGUCUGGCGAUGAAGCUGACCGAGCUGCAGAGGACGGCCGCUGCGAAAAUCGACGCUCUCCGUGCUAAACAUUUAAAGGCUAAGCUUUAAUUUGUAUCUUUGUUUAUUUUUUUACAGCGGGAGGGGUAUUAUGCGUUGUUUUCUUUUUUAAUAAUAAAGGUUUUUAAAGGAAGACAUUUUUUUUUAAUUU